AUGGAAGUUGUCAAUAAAACUCAAUACGACGAGAACCUCUCUGACGAAUUACUCAGUGAGGAGGUUUCUUCUGGAUCCAUCAGACAUUCAGAAAAGAUCCUUAUCAACAUGAGCGAGAAUUCUCUUAGUAAUAAAAAGAGAAAGAAAAAUUCUUUCAUGAGCGAAAGUUCAUUAAAUCUUUUGCAUGAAGAAGAGGAAUUUAAGAAAUCAGAUAAUUUGGACUCUCAAAAGCCUAAAAUAAGUUCUUUGAACAAUCAGAAAAGAGCAAGAAAUAAUUCUUCUCAAAUAAAUUACUUAAAACCUAAUUCUUCAUUGAAACAGGAGAUUAGUCACCUUCUAAAGCAUGCUGCUUUAAUAAGAAUAAGAAAAAUGUCAGAGAACUGUGAACACAAAGAAUCAUCAAAAGAAGAUCUCAGAAAAUAAGGAGCAAACCUCAUAUCUUCACCAUAUAACACUGAAGGGUUCAAAAUCCCCAUAGAGCUAUGCUUUCUAAUUUUUAAUAAUGUUCCUUGCAUUACCUGUUGUAUAUUCCCCUUUUAACUUAUUAGGUUUUCGGUGGAUUAUUUUAGCUAUUUUCAAACAAAUUUUGGUGAGACACUUUGUUAAUAAUGGUUAAGAAUCUGAAUGAGUAAUUAAAAUUAUUAUUUGUCACCAAAUUUUGCCGCUGGGUUAUAUAAACUUGAGAGAGACUCUCAAUAUUUAGGCAUAGUGGUUUGGUAAUAGCCUGGGGCUGGAUUAUUAACUUAGAAAGGAUUGAGAUGAAUUUUGUUGUUUCAAAUGAUUGGGUAUUUAACAAUUUUGAGAAUUUGUAUAUACAAGUAGAUUUUUAUGCUUGGUUUACCAAAGCAUCAUAACAAAAAUAAUACUAGAGGAUCUAAAUAAGCCCCUAUGUCAAUUAAUUUAGCUUUUCAUAUUCAGUUUUAAAGUUAGAUGGGAAAUUAUGAUUUUCAUGUACUGGAAGAGUAUGGAUUUUUAUCAUAAGACCUCCCUUAUUAUUCCUAUCACCUCCACACUAAAUAUAAUAACAAUUUUUAUUUACAAAGAAUAAAUUCAUCAGUCUAUUAAAAUAAAGUUCUCCUUAAUUUCCAUCAAACCCAAAAGACUUACACUACCUCCAUAUGUAAAAAUAAACUAAAAUGCUAAUAACCUAACUUACAACCCAACAACACCUCAUAUCUCUCAUAUCCCUCCAAAAACUCCAAACCCAUCUCUCUUAACUCCUCUAACCCCAAAAUCUCCCCUCUUCGUUCCUUUGACUCAUCUUAACUCACCGACUCUAAAACGCUGCUUUC